GUACCUCUUCUCUGCUCGUUAGCAGCAUCAUCCACCAAGCUACUGAGGUGAAGGGAGUGGCAGAUCCUGAGAAACUUCUUUCCGGUUCCGACGAUCCUGAAUGCUCUCCAGCGCAGUGUGCAGGCGGUUCUGGUGGGGAAAAUCCAGAUUCAGGACUGGUUCGGGAACGGCAUCAAGCGAGCUGCGCUGAUGAACAAAUGGGUUCUAAAGGAGGUGAACAUCGAUGAAGAUGAACACUGUCUUCUUCAAACAGAUGGUUCCUUCCUGUACCUGCUCUGCAAGGAUGGUCUUUACAAAGUGGGCUCAGGUUACAGUGGGACUGUCAGGGGCCAUGUGUACAACUCUACAUCACGUAUCAGAAACCGUAAGGAGAAGAGGUCAUGGCUGGGAUUCGCUCAGGGUUGUUUGCUCUAUCGGGACAUGAACAGUCACAGCAUGUCGGCCAUUAAGAUCAAUCCAGAGACCCUGGAGCAGGAGGGCACCAUCACAAUGCCUGGUCUUCAAGCAGAUGGGCAGAACAUUAUAUUCACCGAUGGAGAAUAUAUUAACCAAAUUGCAGCCUGCAAAGAUGAUGGCUUUGUGGUGCGGAUCUAUGCCACCAGCUCAGACCCAGCACUACAGCAAGAACUGCAGCUCAAACUGGCCAGGAAGUGUCUUCACGCCUGUGGCAUCUCUCUCUUUGACCUUGAGAAAGACCUUCAUAUCAUCAGUACUGGGUUUGAUGAGGAAGCAGCCCUGAUUGCAGCCGGCCGAGAGUUUGCUUUGAUGAAAACAGCAUCUGGGAAGAUCUACUACACCGGAAAGUAUCAGAGCCUUGGUAUCAAGCAGGGCGGCCCAUCAGCUGGGAAGUGGGUGGAGCUUCCAGUCACUAAAUCGCCAAAGAUCGUUCAGUUCUCAGUGGGCCAUGACGGCUCCCACGCCCUGCUGGUGGCAGAGGAUGGGAGUGUCUUUUUCACAGGCUCUGCCAGCAAAGGAGAGGAUGGAGAAUCAACAAAGAGCAGGAGACAACCAAAACCCUACAAACCCAAAAAGAUGAUCAAACUCGAGACCAAGACCGCAGUGUACACGGCCUGCAACAACGGCAGCAGCAGUAUUGUCACUAAAGACGGAGAGCUCUACAUGUUUGGCAAGGAUGCUAUUUACAGCGACAGUACCAGUAAGUACCACCUGCUUGAGUGCCCCAUUAAAGAUGCCAGGUGGGAAAUGAUGGGCUAUCAUUUAACUGCCUGUAGACCAUUUUUCUGUCUAUGA